GUAAAAGAAACUGAAAGUCCUUUAGAGAUCUGCCUCCCUGCAGCCAUGGCUACCGCGGCGGAGGCUGUUGAUCUUGCUAAGAAUUUGCAGGACGAAUUGACUUGCUGCCUUUGCCUGGAUUUUUUUAACAAGCCAGUACUGAUUAUCAAAUGUUCCCACAGCUUCUGCAAGGAGUGCAUCUCUAAGCACUGCAAAAAGAUGGGGCCCAAGGCACUCUGCCCCAGGUGCAGGGGGGAGCUCCGUCAAAAUAAUUUGGUAGACAAUAGAUCACUUGCGAACAUAGUGGAAACUUACCAGCAGAUGAAGAAAAACCACCAGGAAUUGUGUGGACCCUCCUGGAGAGAUCAUCAAGCAGCCAGUGGAUCCCAGGAUCUGAAGUUGUCAGCUGGAGUUUUUCCAUAUCAGCUCAAGGAAGUGGUGAAAAUAAGUGAAGUCUGCAAACAAAUAGAAGCGGCGUGUGAAGCAAUUGGCAAGUGCACGAAGGACAGCGCUGAAAUGAAGGAUUCUGUAUCUCGGAUCAAAAGUUCCAUUGGAGAAGGCUUCAGUUUUAUGAAGAAGUAUAUUAAUGAUCAAGAGGAAAAGGUGCUGAAUGUUAUUGACGAAGAGUGUGCUGCAGCUCAACAAAGCAUAGACUUAAUGAAUGAGCAACUCAUAGCAAGAAUUCACAGGCUUUUGGAACUGCAAAGUAACUCUGAGGAAGUGAUUAAGAAUACCUCGCCAGAACAAGAAGUUUCCAUCGGUGAGCCUAUCAGAGUGACCGAAGUUGUUGUUGGUGUUCAGAAGAUUUCCGGCAUCGUAUAUGCCGUGGAAGAGUUCAGAAGGCAGUUGGAUAGGGCAGUGCUGGAAAAAUGCCCCAGGCAGCUGCCUCGUGAAUUUUCUCCAGGAAUAAGUAACAUUACUUGUGACUCUAAUGAUAUCCAAACCAACGUGGCAGAGGACGAAAUUGCCUCCACCAGCAAUUCUUCACUCCAUCAAGAUUCUCUUCAGGGAACCGGCUGCUCUUCUUCAGCAACAUCACCGGCCAGAGAUAGUCCAGUGCCAGCAAUUUCAAGUCAGUUUUCUCAGUGGGCAUCCCACGUGACUUUUGAUCCCAAGAGGGUCAACAACAUACUUCAACUCACAGCAGAUAAAAAGACAGUCUCUGUGACCCCUUGGGACUCUGACUAUGAACAUUGUCCAAAGAGAUUCCGCAUCAGCCAGGUGUUGGGCUCCCAGAGUUUCUCCCAAGGGUGUCACUACUGGGAAGUUAGCACCAGAAACAGCGCAGGAUGGGCUAUUGGUGUCGCCAGCGAGGACAUCGGUAGGAGUGACAAGCUAGGAAGAAGUGAGGUAUCCUGGUGCAUAGAAUGGUCAAGGAAAUGUCUCUCAGCAUGGCACAGAAAUCAAGAAACUCCAAUUAGUGAAGAGAAACCUCUGCAGGUUGGCGUUCUCCUUGACAUUCCAAGCAAUCGCUUAUCUUUUUAUUCCCUCACUGACAAGUUAACCCUUUUACAUCAGUUUGAAAUCAAUGUGGUAAACCCUGUCUACCCUGCUUUUUGGAUCUAUGGUACAGAUAUAGGUGGCUUCUUAACUAUAAACGAUAUCAAAAGGAAUUAACCAGAAGCGGUUUAGUCAUGCUGGCCACAUGACCCGGAAAGCUGUCUGUGGACAAACGCCGGCUCCCUCGGC